AUGCCUUUGGACACAAUCUAUCUGACUCGUCAUGGGCACCGGCUCAACUGGACCAUCGAUUUUCGCACGGGAACAUACAGGGCCCAAUUCCCCACGCCAACAGGGAACCCUGCAGAUCCAGCGCUGACCUCGCAUGGCGUGCGCCAAUCGCAUGAGCUGGCAGCGCAUGUUUCCGCUGCUCAAUUCCACCCCAAGCCAUUCCGAGUCUACUCGAGUCCUUUCUAUCGCUGCUUGCAGACGAUUCAGCCCACGGUUGAGGAAUUGAAGAGGAUACACGAGACCGGAGAGUCCUCAGGUAGCGCAGAUGGCCUAGGUCUCAUUGACCAGCAUGCGAAGCUGGACGUGCGGAUAGAGAAUGGACUCGGAGAAUGGUUCGGCGCAACGGACUUCUUCGAUCAUCCAGCGCAUCCAACUACCGAGGAAAUGUCAACGCAUUUCCCAACGCUGCUUUCACAGGCCAGUGUGGACCAGAAGCCUUUGUUGAUCCCGUCUACCCGUGGAGAGACAAUAACCCAGCUUCACGACCGUGUUGCAACGGCUUUGGAAGGUAUUGUUGCUGAUGUCGAUGCUGAGAUAACUGCACUGGAAGAGACACUGCCUGUAGAGCAAAGAACCAGUAAAUCCAUCUUGAUCUGCGCACAUGCCGCUCCGCUUAUUGCCAUGGGUCGAGUCUUGACGGGCCGUAUGCCGGACGACAGCUCGGAGGAGGAUUUCAAUGUGUUCACGGCUGGUCUCAGCACGUUCAGACGGCGAGGUGUGGAGAGUGCGGCGAACAGUAAUAAGGACAGUGUUUCGGAGAGUCGACUGGCUAAUGGAACGACACUGAUUCGUUCGUCUGGAUCGGUACCGCGGUGGAGAGGGCGUGGAGUCGGCGGCGGAUGGGAUUGCAUUGGGAACGGCGACUGCAGCUUCUUGAGCGGUGGUGCUGAGCGUGGCUGGCACUUCGACGGCGAAGAGAACUUCCAGUCGGGUCCUAUGGGCCCGUCUUCGGAGACUGCGGCGACUACAGCUACGACUAAGUUGUGA